GGUAUAAAGAAGUAGGCAUUGAACCCGUUGUAGGGCGCUAUAUGAUCAGUAUGGAGUCAUUUGAGAGUGAUUCUAAAGCUUGGUCUCAAUAUCACAUGCUUGUGCACUGAACAGUACGGCACAAGGGCACCUACACUAGUAGACUUUCUAGUCCUGAAGUGUGUGAUUUGGAACGCAACGCAAAAAGCUAACAAGGAACUUUAAUCAGCUAAAAAAAGGGGAUUCAUUAUAUGCUUUUUAAAUAUAAUUCAAGUUAGUGUGUGGUCUGUAAGCUAUUAAAGAUGGUGGACUCCCAUUUCCACGUUCAGCUGACAGCAGUGCUGGACGUGCUGAUGAAGACGGCGGUGUCGGACAUCUGUGCGCUGGCCGAGAGCUGGUUUAAAUCCCUGCACAUGGAAAUAGCGAGAAGCAAAAAGGAGAACGAAGACUUGAGGCAAAAGCUGCAGAGCAUGGAAGAGCAGGAACAGCACCAGGCUGCGGCCAACGGAGAGCUGCAGAGGAACACGACCAAAGAGGAGAAACAGGAGACUGGCAGUGAAGUGAGGGGUGCAGACGGGCAGUGGGGUUCACAGUCUGGCUGCACAGCGUUUGCAGGAACCUCUACAGGAGAUUUAGCUGCCAAUGCACAACUGGGGUCGCCUUCUUCUGAGGAAGACUCUUUGAAAAGAAAUUGUUCAGCAAAAGAAUCUGCGGCACGCAAAAGAGCACACUCGAGAUGGAAUCAUACAUCAGUAGGCACUAAACCAGAAAUGAUGAACAGAUCUGGUAUAGAAAGAUUAGAGCAAAGGAUAGAGGAUGCAAAAAUAUACAGUCAACAUUAUUCACCCAGUGGCGAACUCAAGACUGAGUCUAGGACGUCUCGACCUGCUCUCCAAAGCUUUAAAUGCAGCAGUGAGGAUGGCUCACACCAUGGAAAUGAGAUCGAAGAGAAAGACGACUGCGUGGUGCUGGAUGAUAUAUGCGAACCUGAGAGCCCUCAACUCGUAAGAGAAGAAGAGCAGGAGUUUGACGUCUCCUGCAUAUGGACACCUGACCUAGAGCAGAAUUCCACACAUGGGCUUCGAGAUAAUCAAUCAGACUUUACAAACUCGGACUGCAGAAUGACUUUAAAUCUGAGCAAAGAUUUGAAUUUAGAAUUGCCAGCCAGAAAUGCUCAACAUUUUGAUUAUUCCAAAAGAACCUCGGUUUCUCUAUCGUUUGAGAAAGGGAACACAUUUACUUGUAAUAUCUGUAGGAAGAAUCUUUCAACAAAAAAUUCGCUUGCCUCCCACUACAGAUUGCACACCGGAGAAAAGCCGUUCAUGUGUGCGCAAUGUGGAAAGAGUUUUGCCAAGAAAUUUAACCUAGAUGUCCACUACAACAUCCACACCGGGGCAAAACCCUACACGUGCACACUCUGCCCGAAGUCAUUUGCGGAUCCAAGUGCUUUUAGACGACACGAAUGGAUCCACAAACGCGAAACGCAGCAAAGCUCAUGGAACACUAAAUAUAAAUUCAGCUGUAACACAUGUGGGAAAUGUUUUCUCUCAAAACCGUCUCUUGCUGCACAUUCUCAGUUGCACCAUGCGGAGAAGCGACACAAUGUACAAAAUGUUCUCUUCAAACUCUAAAGAGAGUAAAAAAAAAAUGAGCUAAUGUUUAAAACACAAGAGUUUAUUUGGUAAAAUACUUACAAAAAAACAAACACAAAGUUGAUAGCAAUCUGUGAAAAUUGAGUCGGCCUUGUUUUUUCUUUUCCUUGUGUGUGUGUUUUCUAAAGCUGUAUCCUGAAGUUUUCUUCAUAUAAACAUAUACACAUUUGAAACUAUUGAUGCUUAAAUACUGGACAUGAUUGGACUUUAUUGUACAAAUAAUCAAAGGUGAUUAAUUAUAUAUUUUUCUGAAAUAAAAUAUAAUGUGGGGUUAUGAAAGAGUAUUUUACUUGCAUAAGAUCUUUCUUCCCUAUAAGUACAUUACUCACUUCCAUCCCCUUUCGUCUAUUUGUCACUAUUGACUCACAACUACUUGAACGGUCACCUUCGCCUUAUUUGGAGUUUUUCCACUGUUCCCAUGUAUUUUUUUUUUCAUCAUUUUUUUUUUUUUUUACUGCAAAAAGGGCAGUGACAUGUUCCUGACUCACACCCCAAGUAGCAGAUUUAAAGCCAGAUUUAGAGUGUACAAUCAGCUAAUAUCUAUCACCACAGUGUACAAGUUUGCUUUUUGGAGUAUUUCUUAUCUGGACAUUUUUAGACAUUGUGCAUAUUUUACAGUGUGCUGAGACAAGAAAGUAAUCUUUGUAAACAUAGAGAAGACAUCACUUUGCUGGCUGCAAAACAUAAAUAUAAUUUUUUAACAAAUCCAUUUAUAAAUUUACGCUGCCCAGCUAAAACAAUAAACAAUCACAUAAGAGCCUU